AUGGAUAUUGGCUCAGACAUUCCCAAGAUACCCAAUUACAAAUUAUCGGAACAGCAAUUCUUGCUCACCCAUACGGAUCUCACGCCCGAGGCGCGCAAAAAGAUUAUAGAAGAAGUUAUCGACACGAUAAAAGCCGAGCAUGCAGCUCCCUACUAUAAAUACCUCCCCACCGUGGUCAAGGACUUUCCUUACCAAGACUCAGUCUACCAGCAGCUAGCACUGGAGAAUGCCAAGGAAAUUGAGGAGCUAAAGGCGAAAAUAAAAGAGGCCGAAGGUGAAGAGGAAACCGAAUUGGACGUUGCCACAACCACCACGAAACUUGCUGAAUACUACACCAAGAUCAUCGAUAGGGAGAACGCCACGGAGACGUUCAACAAAGUCUUGGAGCUAGCAGUGGGCACUGGACAUAAGAUCGACCACUACUUGACCUUGGCAAGACUCGAUUUCUUCUUCAAUGACUUGCCGCAAGUGCGCAAGGACUUGGACCAAGUUGCCAACUUGAUUGAAAAAGGCGGCGACUGGGAGCGUCGUAACCGGUUCAAGGCCUAUAGUGGAAUUUAUUCGUUGGCGACUAGAAACUUUGCCGAGGCUGCCAAAUUGCUCAUUGACUCGUUGGCCACGUUUACGUCGACCGAGUUGUGCUCAUACGAGCAGAUUGCACACUAUGCCAUUGUUUCCGGCGUCAUCUCGUUGGAUAGAGUUGACUUGAAGGAGAAAAUUAUAGACUCGCCCGAGAUUUUGUCUAUUUACUCAUCAGCAGCAAACUUGGAGCCGUUGUUGAACUUGACCAAUUCCUUAUACACUUGCCAGUACAACUGUUUCUUUGAGUACCUUUUGCAAUCAUAUGAUAAGUUGUUGUUGCCCAACAAAUACCUCCAUCCACACGCCAACUAUUUUCUUCGAGAAAUGAGAUGCAAGGCCUAUGGCCAGCUAUUGGAAAGCUACAAGUCGUUAUCGUUAAAGUCCAUGGCUGCAAACUUUAGCAUAAGCGAAGAAUUCUUGGACCAAGACUUGUGCAAAUUCAUUCCCAACAACAAGCUCAAUUGUGUGAUUGAUAAAGUAAAUGGGAUAAUCGAAACAAACAGACCUGAUAAUAAGAAUAACCAGUACCAUCUUUUGAUCAAGCAAGGCGAUGGUUUAUUGACCAAGUUACAGAAAUACGGUGCUGCCGUGAAACUCAGUGGUGCUGAAAGAGUCCUCCAGUAG